AUGCCGAUUUUUCAUGUCUGCGCUAAGCCGUCAUUCAACCUUCUUUCUUCUCAUUGGAGUAAUAGUCAACUUUCAAUCAACCCUUUUUGUCUCUUUCUCUCUCUCUCAACUGUAAUCUACACUAGAUUCUCAACAUCUCCCAAACAGCUUUUCGCCAAUAAUGCCGAAUACUCACACACUCAUUCUCUCUAUCCAUUCCAAAUGCCUCUGUCCUACCCUUCCACCACCAAUGGCUUCUUCGCCACCACAACCACUCUCUUCUUCGCCACCUUUAUUCUCACAACAACAUCCCUCUCCUUCCCUAACUGUAAUAGCACUUUCUCCUGUGGUUCCAUCCGUAACAUCACCUACCCUUUCACUGGUGGCGAUCGCCCCGACUACUGUGGCCUCCCUGAUUUCAAACUCCGAUGUGUUGACGAUAAUCACACCGAAUUCACUCACCAAUCACUUAUCUACCGAGUUCUUGAAAUUGACCAGUCUUCAAGAACCAUGACCAUAGCUAGAAUCGACCUUUGGAAUAGUACCUGCCCUUCUCAAUUUAUAAACACUACACUGAACUCCACUUACUUCAACUACGACCAUAACGAAGAUGACGAACUCUCAUUAUUCUACGGGUGCAAUCUUUCUGCAUUGAAUUUCACGUCUCAGAAUAUGUUUACAUGUAGUGUCAUUGGUUUGAAUUUUACCUCGGCGUUUUACUUAUUGGGUCCAAUUCCAAGUGACCCUUUUCUGAAAGUCCUUACUUGCACGAGUAUCGUUACUGUUCCGGUGUUUAGAGAAGUGGGCAAAAGGCUAUAUAGCAAUGAGAUUACUCUUGGGGAGGCAUUGAUGCAGGGGUUUAGUGUGAAAUAUGAUGCAUCUUAUGAUGGACUCUGUUUUGGGUGUUUGAGUUUGGGUGGGAAUUGUGGAUUUAAUGUGGAGUUGGCCCAGCCGAUUUGUAUUUGUGAAGACAUGCCAUGUACAUUGCCUUUAGAACAUUCCUAUGAAGGUAAUGGAAACUUUUUCCCUCCUCGGAAUAAAAGUCAACUUGCAGUAGGCCUUAGCUUAGGAGGUGCUGCACUUGCCGGCAUUGGCAUUGCAUUCCUAAUCUUCUUCUGCAGACAAAAGAGAAAGCGGAUUGCAGCACAGGCUUCACCUGCCCAAACGGAAAGCAAAGACCUUCCAAUGUUAAGUUCAAGCAAUGGCCUGACUUCUUCAUCUUCUCCUUCUUCAACCACUUUCACCAGAAGCAUUCCCUCUUAUCCCUCUUCAGCUGAUUACGGGAAGGGAAACUCCCACUUUGGGGCUCAUGUCUUCAGUUUUGCUGAACUUGAAGAAGCCACGAAUAAUUUUGAUCAAUCUAAAGAACUUGGGGAUGGUGGCUUUGGAGUCGUGUACUAUGGCAAGCUCCAUGACGGGCGUGUGAUUGCAGUCAAGCGCUUGUAUGAGAACAAUUUCAAGCGUGUAGAGCAAUUCAUGAAUGAAGUAGAGAUUUUAACUCGGCUCCGGCACAAGCACCUAGUGACAUUGUAUGGGUGUACAUCUAAACGAAGCCGAGACUUACUCCUUGUUUAUGAGUACAUACCAAAUGGGACAGUGGCAGAUCAUCUACAUGGAAAUCGGGCCAAAUCUGGUUUACUCUCUUGGCCUGUCCGAAUGAAUAUAGCCAUUGAGACUGCUGAUGCUCUGGCUUAUCUCCACUCCUCAGUUAUAAUACACCGUGAUGUCAAGACCAACAACAUUCUAUUAGACAAUAAUUUCCAUGUUAAAGUUGCUGAUUUUGGGCUAUCAAGACUGUUCCCAAAUAAUGUCACACAUGUCUCUACUGCUCCACAGGGUACACCAGGCUACGUUGAUCCUGAGUACUACCAAUGUUACCAGCUCACUGAAAAGAGUGAUGUCUAUAGUUUUGGGGUGGUCUUGGUAGAGCUGAUCUCAUCAUUGCAAGCUGUGGAUACUGACAGGCACCGCCAUGAUAUUAAUUUGGCUAAUAUGGCAGUCAACAAGAUUCAAGGUCAUUCAAUACAUGAAUUAGUUGAUCCAAGUCUUGGAUUUUCGACAAACAGCUCCGUGAGGAGGAUGACUACAUUAGUCGCUGAGUUAGCUUUCCGAUGUCUGCAACAGGAGAGAGAUCUGAGACCUUCAAUGCAAGAAGUGCUGGAAACUUUGAAAGGCAUCCAGAAUGGAGAAUCUAAAGCACAAAAGGCUGAGGUACUGGAUAUUGUGGUGGAUGAUGUUGGCCUCCUAAAGGGCUCCCCUUCCUCUCCCGAUUCAGUUGCCACUGACAAAUGAGUUAACAGCUCCACACCACAUUCUAGUGGAUGAAAUAUCUUUUUCAGGUUGGUCUAUUUCAAUGCUAGAUGAAGAAGCAAUUACUAUUUUGACACUUGUGAUCAGUGUCACAGUUGAGCUAGUAUCCCGCAGUGGACACUUAAUUUCUUAUUUUUGCUUACAUGUAGUUAUCCUGUUAUAGUUGAUAUUGUCUGUGGGAGAUUAUCUACUGCUUUUCGUGUAAGGCAAUGUAAAUAGUGAAUAGGGCUGCCAACAUUGUAGUAUACAUAUGCAUCUCUUCUCUUUGUUCA